GCCCCCUAAACUCGCGGCAGGCCCCUCGUUCAGACCGGUUAGCGGAGCACGGGGAGGCGAGAGGCGCCGAUGCCUCCACUGGGCGGCAGGGCAGCGGCGAGUUUGCCUCGGUAGCAAUGGCAGCCGCGGGACCUGCUUCCUCACGUGAUCCUCAACGGGUCCGAGGAAGACGUCAUGUGACUACUGCCGCUAAACCUGGCCGUUGGGUGCUGGAGCUACGGUGGCCGAGCUGAGCUAUAUCUGUUACCUAGGUAACCUAGUUCCGGCGCCUGAGACAAACGUGCCGGUUUUUCAAGGGAAGCAGCCGCCGGCGGUUCGGCCCGGCUUAGUCUCUUUCAGAUGAUUCAUUUGAAAAUUCGAAGACAAAAUCCACCAUUCUUGAGACACUGGGACAGCCCAGGAGAAAGGAAUUGAAGAAGAAAGAUCCUGUGCCAUGGUGGAUAUCCGAAGAUGAUUCUGAUGAUGGCGCCUGGGAAUCAAGGUCUGGUUCAAUUUCCAGUGUUGUCACUGAUUCACUGCUGACCAGAACCAGGGCCCAUCAAAGUCGACGGAAACUCUCUCAUUGUCUUCACUGGGCUUUAAAUAAAUUCCUAUGACAUUUUAGGAAUGCUAGGGACAAAUGGAAGCUUUCUCAAGUCACAAAAGGAUUCCCAUCCUACUGUGGAGGUGGAUGAAGAAGCUCACACAGGAAAAUUGCAGCUCCAAAGAAGUGAUGGUGUUUCUGUAUCCUUAAGUAGAGACAGCCUGGAACCUGAUGAUUCAGUUGUGGCUUCUGGACCCAAUCAAAGUAUUUUGGGAGCUGGAUUGGAUACUUUGGAAGAACAAGAAGAAAAAGAGAGAUUUUUUGCUAAACUUGAAAAAGGAGGUUCAUAUACCAUUGAUUAUUCAAGAUUAAACAAAGAACUGGACUCAAAUGAUUCUGUAUUACUAGCAGCAUUUGCCUGCAAUGAACAAAAUGUAGAACAAGUGGAAGAUGAAUCUAAACGUGAAGAGAAAUGUGGCUAUUAUAGUGAAGAUUUUGAAGAUGAGACUGAAUCUAAUUAUCCUUCUAAAAAUGAAGAUAACCAAGUUGAGCAAACUGUCAGAUCAGAUGCUGAUUUAAGUAUUCAAGGACAGGAUGAAAAGACUGGCAUGCUGGCUAAAGUUGUGUUGCUUGAUUCACAAGACUCCACCAUGGAAACCCAAAAGGUCAUUGAACAGCAAGAUGCAGCAGUGACUGAACAUCAGACACCUGAAGUCACUAAGGAUGAAAUAAAUGGAACUACAGGUAUUUCCUAUGGACAAACUAACAGUGAUAUUGAAGCAUUACAGCAGGCCUAUUGUCAUAUUGAUCAGUCGCUAGGAGACACAGAUGAGCAAAGAAUUAAUCUUAGUGCGAUGGAAAAUGCAGAGUUCCCAGUCCAAGAUGCUUCACAAAACAACGAAGACUAUGCAAAAAACAUCUCAACUACUGAAUCAGAUUUGCUCACUAUAGAGGAAUUGAUGAAACCUAUUAGAGCAGAUUCAUCUCAUGCAAGAGGCUUUGACCUGGAGCCUGUAAGUCCAGUAAAACUAACAGACAGCAGAGCAGCUGAAAAUAUGAGCCAUUUGCCAUGUAAAGAACACAAAAAUGAUGCAGUUCUGGAGAAGCAAAGUUUAGAUUUUUUGUUUGAAAAACAUAGUAAAGAAGAAGAGAGUGUUUUUCUCCAGGCAACUUCAAAUGAAGGUAGUCAUCAGAAAGGGACUGAUAAAGACCAGAUUGAUAAAGAGCAGCUUAACCUUUUGAGACACAAAAUACCACAAGAUUCUGCAUUGUUGCAUCAGGACAGCAAAAUUAAUAAGGCAUGUCAGUCCAGCUCCUGGAGGAACAAGGGAUUGGAUUCAGUGAUUAAUAAGCAAAUAAUGCACAAGAGCACUAGAAGUACAGCUCCUUUCCAUAAGAAGAAAUCUCCCAUUGGGCCUCAUAUAUUGGUUAGGAGUUCUGGGUAUGGUAAACCCACUUCACCCUUAAAACAACUUUCCACAACUAGUGAAAAGAGAGCAUCAAAAGAAGCUCUCAAAAAGCCAAGUUUGAAAGCCAAAUCACCUCCAGAUAAAGCAAGGCAAAAAGAAACAUUAUUUACUACUAGGGUAAUAAGAUCUGCAAUAAAUGAAUCAGCUUCUAAAAAGGUCAACAAUAUGGUUACAUCUAGCCAGUCAGUUGUUAAUGCCCUUGGACAACAGAUUAAGGAAAUGGAUUCUUGUGUGCAGUCUCAAAAUGAUUCCUCACUUUUCCCUGUCAAAAAUUGUGUGAGAGAGCUUUAUUUGCUAAAAAGAGUCAAGGAAGCAGAGGAAAAGUUAAAAGCAGCACAUGAUUUAAUUCAGCAGCUGAAAGAUUCAUUUGCACAGAAACAGAAGGAAAUGGAGAAUAAGAUGGUAGAAAUGAAAAUGCAACAUGACAAAGAGCUUUUUCAGCUGAGUCAAGAAAACUAUGUGCUUCGGACCAAGGUAAAUAGUAUGGAAGAGCUGAGCAAAGAAAAGAAAUGGCUUCACCUUGGGGCAACAGAGGCUGUCACUGAAGAAAAGUUAAAGCAAAUCCAAAAGGAAAUUCAAGAUCAAGAGAACCUUCUUCAUGGUUAUCAGCAGGUAGAGUGAU